UGAUAGAAAAUGCUGCAAUAUCUGAAGAGCACUUGAAGGCAGCACAGAGAGGGAGUGUCUCCAACAUGUUCCUGCUGUUGUCAUAUCUCCGUGAGGACGGUGAAGACUUCAGUCUACUCUUCAGCUCAGAGACUCAGAAUGGCGACAAGUCGAGUGGCCAUCCGGUCAGCUGAUCAGCUGUUGGCUCUGCUUAAGGAAAGCACCAAAGUAAAAGAUCCAGAUUACCAGAAAGAUUACUUGAAAUGGGUUUCAGUCUUUGUGUCCAAUAACAGACACAAGACCAUCACCUUAAAGAAUCCAGCUGGUGCCAGGUUGAAGAUAGGAGGCCUGGAAGACACCGUCUUCAAAGGGAAUGAUGGCAUCUUGAAUGGGUGGGGGAAAUUCUACCUUCCUAAGAUAGUAAACAUGAAGGUUGUAGGAGUAGUGGAGGGGACGUCAUACCUGUGUGAUCAGCUGGUCCUGAUGACCUGUGAGGACAGAAAGCUGUAUGCCUUUGAUGGAGAGGAAGAGGAGCUGCACAUGGUGGCUGAGAGCCUGGAGAAGCUCGGUGAGAAGGGACUGAAGUAUCCGGCAUCACAGAGCUACUACAAAGGAGAGGCCUUCAAAGAUAUGACGGAGAAGGACUGGGACAAAGUGAGGAGUGGUAAAGUGGGGAAGCAGCUGGACGAAGAGCAUCGUAAACUGGUGGCAUCAAAAAAGCCCAAACUUCUGGAGAAUCUCAAAUCAGCCAAAGCUGCUGCCAAAGCUGUAGCCUGAGCUGUUGUUUCUCUAUGUGUUAGGAGGAAAAGAAAAAGGUGUGAGGGUUCAGGUACCCUGUACAUUUAAUCUUUGGUCUAUAUCUUUACUAUCCAUGGAGCCAUUUCUGGCCCAAAAAAAAAAAAACAGAAAUGUGUCUGGGAGUGUGCGCUCCAUGUUUAAAAGGCUCAGUCCUUCCUGUCUUUACUGCAUGUCAUCCCCCCCCCUCUCUCUCUUCUUUAUUGUCUUCAGCUGUCCUGUCAAAUAAAGGCCCAAUAUGCCCCAAAAACUAAAAUAAAUCUAUCCAGAGCCGCAACAGCU